AUGAGGUUCAUCUACAUCAUCAUCACCCUCUUCGCAAGCCUGGCACUUGCAGCCCCGGCCCCUGUCGACGCUGCGGCAUUGCAAGUCGAAGCCGAACCAGACGUCCAGGCCGCCGAAUACGAUCCAAACGCCGACUGCAGUGCGCGUAAUAUCCAUUGCGGUAAAUGCAACGGUACAAGUUGCAAGAUCGGUCUUACAAACUAUCCCUGCGACGAGGGCUCGUGCGUCGCGCAGAAUGGAGGCGGAGAUGGCAAGGGCUGCUACGAUAACGCCUACGAUACCCCCAGCCCCAGGCACAUUCUUUGCCCCGGACGGCGCUAG